AUGUACUAUACGAGACGGGCUGGUCCGCGCGACGCCGACGAGUUCCAAAGACAGAGCCAUGGAUUAAAGGCAGGCAGGGCCGUCAAGGAGGUUAAGAAGUUUGUUGUUGUGGGACAGGAGCUGGGCUAUACCCGGGAGCUCGAGGCCAUCAUGAAGUUCUCCAACGACAAGUACAACCAUUGCUUUGUGAGUUCCCAAGGUUGGUAUGAGCUUGAAGACGCCAUAUGUAUCACCAUGGAAUACUUCGAGCUCGGAGAUCUCCAGCAGUACAUCGACACACCUUUUCAAGAAUCCGAAGGGAAAGAAAUCACAGAUCAGAUCCUCGAAGGGCUAGCCUUUAUGCACGACAAUGGGUUCAUUCACCGCGACCUCAAGCCUGCCAACAUCAUGGUCGUCGACAAGAGUCCGGAGUGGUUCGUUAAGAUUGCGGACUUUGGCAUCAGCAAACGACGGCAUCACGAUACCUCACUUCUCACGAUGCAGCGCGGGACACAUGGCUUCGCAGCACCCGAGGUUAUCGGGUCGACCUCAGACCAGUCCUACACAUACUCAGCCGACAUGUGGUCGUUGGGCGCCAUGGUGUAUCGCAUUCUCACAAGCAAGAUGGCAUUCGAUUCCAUAGGAGACCUAUUCAAGUAUGUUCGUGACGAGCUCGAGUUCCUGGUCGGGAGAAGACUUGGCGUUAUCAUAAUGGAAAAGUUCAGUCCCAUGGCAGGCCCAGCAACUGACUUCCUCAUCACCAUCGCCGAGCCCAGAUCUAGGCCGGCGUUUCUUCACGAAUACAUCAUGACGCCUCAUAGUCUAUAUGCAGCUGUGUCUGUUGGCCUGAGUCCUGAAGACAUCAUCGGCACUCUUGAUCGCUUCCUCAAGACCCAGUUGCCCCCCCGCAUCAAACAGUUCGUUCUGUCAUGCACCACGAGCUACGGCAAGGUCAAGUUGGUGUUGAAUAGUAACCGCUAUUUUGUCGAGAGUAUUGAUCGCGAAAUUCUUCAGAUGCUGCUCAAAGAUAAGGUCAUCAAGAAGUUUCGACUACGUGGUUCAGGGAAGAUCAACACAGCAGCUGCACCUAUGAUGGGUGGGAUCGUCAUCCCCGGCACCAAGGACGCAGCUGGCGCCCAGGAGGCCAACCUCCCCCACAAGACAGCGAAGCAACCUAUAGAGACGAAUUUGAGUGCAGAUGUUUACCCUGCGUUGAACGAGGACGAAGCUGUCAAGGUGGUCCAAAAGCGCUGUCUGGACCUCUCUUAUCCCAUCCUUGAAGAGUACGACUCUCGCUUCGACCGUGCCAACUCAAACCUCAAGAUCGAUCUGCGACCCAAUACACAGAUCCGGCCGUAUCAGGAAAAGAGCCUCAGCAAGAUGCUUGGCAACGGCCGAGCCAAGAGCGGAAUCAUCGUCCUGCCAUGCGGUGCAGGGAAAACCUUGGUAGGCAUCGCAGCUGCGUGUACUAUCAAGAAGAGCGUUGUUGUGCUCUGUACGAGCUCUGUCUCUGCGGUCCAGUGGCGCAAAGAGUUUCUAAACCGGCUGAACAUCAACCCAGCUAGCAUUACCACCUUUACCGCAGAGAGCAAGACUAUCUUUAAGGGCAGAGCUGAUAUCAUCGUUACGACGUAUUCUAUGGUAACCACCAGCCGCGAGCGUUCCAGAGAGUCGAAAGAGAUCAUGAGCUUCUUGGCAGGCCGGGAAUGGGGUCUCAUGUUCCUCGACGAGGUCCACGUUGUGCCCGCCAACAUCUUCAGACAGAUCUCGCACCUCAACUUCCUGAUUGGCCCGAAACUGUAUGAAGCCAACUGGAUGGAGUUGUCUCAGCAAGGUCACAUCGCCAAGGUCCAGUGCGCUGAAGUUUGGUGGCCGAUGCCAGUCGAGUUCUAUGAGACAUACCUGAAGGUGCCUAUCCGGAUGAAGCGAAUUUUGGGGGCCGUGAAUCCAUUCAAAUUCCAGGCCUGUCAGCAUCUCAUCAAUUAUCACGAGUCACGCGGUGGCAAGAUUAUCGUCUUCUCUGAUGACCUCUACUCGCUCAAGCUCUAUGCUAUUAAACUCGGCAAGGCCUUCAUCUAUGGUGAGACGUCGCAAGAGGAGCGGAUGACGAUCCUCGAGGAUUUCCAACGAAAUCCUUUUAUGAACACACUUGGUCGCAUCUUGCGGGCAAAGCGGCGUAACGAUGAGGGUUUCAAUGCCUUCUUUUACACCCUCGUCUCCAAGGAUACGCAAGAGAUGUUCUACCCGUUGAAGCGGCAGGCCUUUCUCGUGGGCCAGGGCUACGCCUUCAAGGUGAUUAAGCAACUCGCCGGUAUACACAAUAUGCCGGAACUUGCCUUUGCGAAAGCUUCCGAGCGACAAGAGCCACUGAAGCACACAAUUAUAGACAAUGAAAAGGUUAUCAGCGAGGAGGGUGAGACAGACUAUCUUUUCGGGAAUGGGAAGGGCAAAUCUGGUCAGAAAAAGACUGCUAAGGAGAAGUCGAAACGGAACCCAUUCUUUCGAAAGCUUGACCGAGAGAGGGAGCGCCGCCGGAAGAAGGCCGCCCAGUAA